CGCGCGGCGCUCGCACUCCCGCCACGCCGCCGCCGCCCGGCACUGCAGCACCGCGGGGAGGAGGCGCGCGGAGGAGGGGCCGGAGCACCGCAGCAGGCAAGCCCGGAGCCCCUUCCCGCCCCUCCUCUCGCCGCUGACACGCUCCGAGGAGUCACCACUCUGCGCGCUGCAGAAGAGAGUGGCAGACGGAGGCGGCCCCGGGGAGCGAGCCGGAGCGACGCCCGCGCGGCGGCGGCUGCAGCGCUGACGCCCUCGGGGCAGGGGGACCCCGGCGGCUGGAGUGUUCCAUUUUGAACCCAAAGUGGAUGAUGCUGUCAGGGCUGAACCACUGACCAGAGUCUGAAAAACUCCCAUCUUCUCGUUGGCCAUCAAUUGAGAUAAGAUGGAAGACUCUUACAAGGACAGGACUUCACUGAUGAAGGGUGCCAAGGACAUUGCCAGAGAGGUGAAGAAGCAAACAGUAAAGAAGGUGAAUCAAGCAGUGGACCGGGCCCAGGAUGAAUAUACCCAGAGGUCCUACAGUAGGUUCCAAGACGAAGAAGAGGACGAUGACUAUUACCCGCCCGGAGAAACCUAUGAUGGGGAGGCCAAUGAUGAUGAAGGCUCCAGUGAAGCUACUGAGGGUCAUGAUGAAGAUGAUGAGAUCUACGAAGGGGAGUAUCAGGGAAUCCCCAGUAUGAGCCAAGAGAAAGACAGCAUCGUGUCGGUGAGGCAGCCCAAGGGCGAUGAGUACAAGGACCGCCGGGAGCUGGAGUCAGAGAGGAGGGCUGACGAGGAAGAACUAGCCCAGCAGUAUGAGCUGAUAAUCCAGGAGUGUGGUCACGGCCGUUUUCAGUGGGCCCUUUUCUUCGUCCUGGGCAUGGCCCUUAUGGCGGAUGGCGUGGAGGUGUUUGUCGUUGGCUUCGUGUUGCCCAGUGCUGAGACAGACCUAUGCAUACCAAAUUCAGGAUCCGGCUGGCUAGGCAGCAUAGUGUACCUCGGGAUGAUGGUGGGGGCGUUCUUCUGGGGAGGCCUGGCAGACAAAGUGGGAAGGAGACAGUCUCUUCUGAUUUGCAUGUCUGUCAACGGAUUCUUUGCCUUCCUUUCUUCAUUUGUCCAAGGUUAUGGCUUCUUUCUCUUCUGUCGCUUGCUUUCUGGAUUCGGGAUUGGAGGAGCCAUUCCCACCGUGUUCUCCUACUUUGCUGAAGUGCUGGCCCGGGAGAAGCGGGGCGAGCAUCUGAGCUGGCUCUGCAUGUUCUGGAUGAUCGGCGGCAUCUACGCCUCUGCCAUGGCUUGGGCCAUCAUCCCUCACUACGGAUGGAGCUUCAGCAUGGGGUCAGCCUACCAGUUUCACAGCUGGCGUGUGUUCGUGAUCGUCUGCGCGCUCCCCUGUGUCUCCUCGGUGGUGGCCCUCACGUUCAUGCCGGAAAGCCCGCGCUUCUUGUUGGAGGUUGGAAAACAUGAUGAAGCGUGGAUGAUUCUGAAGUUAAUUCAUGACACAAACAUGAGAGCACGGGGCCAGUCUGAGAAGGUCUUCACGGUAAAUAGAAUCAAAACCCCAAAACAAAUAGAUGAGCUGAUCGAAAUUGAGAGUGACACAGGAACAUGGUACAGGAGGUGUUUUGUUCGGAUCCGCACAGAACUGUACGGAAUUUGGUUGACUUUUAGGAGAUGUUUCAACUACCCAGUCAGGGAAAACACAAUAAAGCUUGCAAUUGUUUGGUUCACCCUGUCCUUUGGGUACUAUGGAUUGUCUGUUUGGUUCCCUGAUGUCAUUAAACAUCUGCAGUCAGUUUCAUUGCCAAUGAAAGAUGUGCCGAGAGAGAAAUAUGCAAAUUUUAGUAUUAACUUUACGAUGCAAAAUCAGAUUCAUACCGGAAUGGAAUACGACAAUGGCAGAUUCAUAGGAGUCAAGUUCAAAUCCGUAACUUUCAAAGAUUCGGUUUUUAAGUCCUGCACCUUUGAGGAUGUGACUUCAGUGAACACCUACUUCAAGAACUGCACGUUUAUUGAUACUGUCUUUGACCACACAGAUUUUGAGCCAUAUAAAUUCAUUGACAGCGAAUUUCACAACUGCUCAUUUUUUCGCAACAAGACGGGAUGCCAGAUUACCUUUGAUGAUGACUAUAGCGCCUACUGGAUUUAUUUUGUCAACUUCCUGGGGACACUGGCGGUGUUGCCAGGGAACAUCGUGUCUGCUCUCCUGAUGGACAGAAUCGGGCGCUUAACGAUGCUAGGUGGCUCUAUGGUGCUUUCGGGGAUCAGCUGUUUCUUCCUCUGGUUCGGCACCAGUGAAUCCAUGAUGAUAGGCAUGCUGUGUCUGUACAAUGGAUUGACCAUCUCGGCCUGGAACUCUCUCGAUGUGGUCACAGUGGAAUUGUACCCCACAGACCGGAGGGCAACAGGCUUUGGCUUCUUGAAUGCGCUGUGCAAAGCAGCGACCGUCCUUGGAAACUUAAUCUUCGGCUCCCUGGUCAGCAUCACCAAAGCCAUCCCGAUCCUGCUGGCCUCCACCGUGCUCGUGUGCGGAGGACUGGUGGGGCUGCGCCUGCCCGACACACGAACCCAGGUCCUGAUGUAACGGGAACAAAGCCAUCCCUCCUGCGUUUCCUUCUCCUGCCCUGUGUCAACCCUCCUGACUGACUCAGGCUUCAGAUUUUUCAGAUAGAGAAAGGUGGUCAAAUAUCAGAAUGCUAACUCUUGCUGUGACUGAAAUUCAGAUGCAUGCCAUCUUGCCCCCUUAGUGUGAUUUUGCACAUUUUUUUCAUGUGUUAUUUUUCCUAACUGUGAUGCUACAGCCUCCCUAUAAUUCUGCUCGCUAAAGGUUUAGAAGCUAAGGAGAGCACUGUGCUGCUGUGAGAAAUAGAUCCUGCUCCUGUUUCAACAUUCGCAGGAAAUAUAAGUGGGCAUAUUAUUGCAUUUGUGCUGAGGAGAGGGAUUCUUUUUUUUUUUUUUUUUUUUCAGAGUGAUAUUUCCUGUUUACGUAGAAAAGGACACCCAGCAAUUCUCGCUGUGACAGCAGGGCCUUUCAAAGAAAACCAUGUGGCACCAAACAGAGCUGGGUGGGGCUCUUUCAGGCAUGACAAUUGAGGUGACUCUGCUGACAAGAAAAAUAAGGGCUGUGCAGUUGGCAGCAAAGAUCUGAGUGAGCUGCAUCUGCAAGAUUUCUGCCAGAAAGCCCAACUAAACUUCUGAAAAAUAUGAUGAAAAGGGACCGUCAGUGUUUGUAAUUGUGGCAUGUGGUUCAGAAUGUUAGAAAUUCAUAUCAGAGAGAGAGAGCUUCUGCCUCCAUUUACCCCCUAGCUCCCCACGUCACCCCCAGCUGCCCUUGAGCUUGCCAGGGAGCAGAGGCAAGGAAAGAAAGCCACUGUCUAAAACCUGGUCUGCCUACCUGAGUCUGCUAGUCAUUCAAACUCUCUCUAGUCUAGAGAUUGUCAGUCAUCUAAGUUGUAAAUUGCAAAUUAGGAAGAAAUUCACACCUAAAGCCAUUGGGAAAUGCAAAAUGAUACCCUGAAGGUACCACCUUCCUAAGGGACGGUGCCCUCAGGUAGUUGACAUUGGACUUUCUGGCUGGCAUCACUGAAGCAGGUCCCAUUCCUCCAGCUUCCUCUGGGCUGGUGCACCGGUCAGUGUGUUCCUGGCUGCUGGCUCUGUGUGAAGUCACAGCCUGCUGUCCUACAAGGGGCCCUCUGGCAGACAAGGGCAGCAUCUCCUGGUGGGUUUUGGCUGCUCAUUUUACCUCUGAAUCUGCCGGGCCUGGAAGAGAGAGAUCAGCAGGACAUUCCCACGGGCUGGCAGCUACGUGACCUUCUCACCCCUCGGGCCUACCCCUCCUCCAAGCUCGCUCUUUUUACUCAUCUUUGAAAUUGGAAGCCUCCUUGUAGACUUGCAGCGAUGACCAGCCGCCAGGAAUAAAUCCCGUAUUGAAACAGUAUUCCUUUUUUACUCUCUGUCUUGUUAGACGGUUAUCCUCGUUACUUAUUAUAGGCGUUUGCAGCAGGCGGCAGCCCUGGGGCCUCCGGGAAGGGACACCCUUCGGUUCCAGUAGUCAUUACGUUAGAAGAUGUCUUAACCCCAGAGGCCACUCUGCCUCCCUUUCCCCACCUCCCCUUCCUAAUGAUCCUCCUAGAGCUCCAGACUGCAGAGUUCAGACUCUGUGAAAAGCUUCCUUUGUUAACAUAAGCCAUUAAUCGCCUCCCCCAUAAAGUAGUUUGGGUCUGUAGAGGGGGCAGCGUGGGGGGCUGGCAGGAAGAGGGUGCUUCCCUGGGGACUAGGGCUCAGGGCCAGAACAUCAGGAAAGCUCAAGCCAAAAGCUGCAGAGGUGGCAGGAAGAAGGAAAUCAAUGAAAACUAGACGAGAUCUAUGAGACUGCUAUCAGCAAAGCAGGGAAGAACAGAACCUGCUCCCCCUCUGCCUCCUGUGAUCUGCUGGAGAACAUCAGACAACCCCAGAUGGCACCCUGGAUGUUAUUCCUCUUCCAUACAUACUCAUUUCCCCACCUACCUGCCCCUUGAUUUCUCUUAAAAAAGACAUCUCUGGGGACCUGAGCAGCAUUUUUAGUUGAAUGUAGCAAUGCAGUGAUAACUGCAAAAGUAGGAUGUGUGUCCCCAUCAGCCCAUUCAAAAGAAAAGAGAAAUGUGCACGGAUGCCGCUCUGUCUGGUCUUCCGUGGUGGUUAACUUUGCUCACUGGACUACCGUACUUUGAGAAAUGUCUCAGGUGUCUGUUGUAGCUCUAAAUGCAUAAAAUAUCUCCCAAGCUUCAGAGCACGGUUCACGAGAGUCUUACUUGAACACUGGGUUGGGUCAGAAUAGGAUAAACCAGCAGAACCCCACCUCCUGAGACCUGCUACCAUGCCUCCCCUUCAGAAGGGCCUUCUUGGCCUUCUUGUCACCUAAUCCAAGCCUCCCUGGUGGCCCAAGAGGGAUCUAUUCUAAUCCCCUGGACAGUCUGUGGUCACAAACCUUCUUGGUCACCACCUUUCCAUCUUUCGUGCAGUUUUCUCUGCGUCCCUCACGUUGUUCCCAUCACCCUGAUUUCCUAUGAGAGAGCUCAGGUUGUUCCCAAAGUAUGUGGUGUGGCCUGUCUGGCUUGUUCUGGGUUAGCUGGAGUAAGAUAGAGCCGUGCGAUUAAAUAGAAACUCUCAGGUCUAUCAGUGUAGCAGGCUGCUAGCACAGGACGAGCAACCAGCCUCUCAUUUCAUCUACAGUGGAAGGAAAAUGAGAGUAUGUGCAAAGUGAGAUCCUAGGAAACAGUCCUCCUUGCUCUGAUAUUUCUAACUCCCUUUCUAUCUAAAAUUUCCUCACAGCUCUUUGGAAUGGAUCCAGAAUGCUCCCAAAUGCUGUUAUUAUCACUGGGUUCUCUCAGUAGGAAAAAACCCAGCUGCUCUAAACUGUAAAUCCUGUACCACGUUACACCCCAAGUAAUGGGUCUUACUCACCCAGCUCACAUUCAGUCCAGCAGCCAGGGGUCACCUUACACCCAGAGAGAUAAGACAGAAGGGUCUUAGCCCAAGCUCCCCGCCAACCAACAGUGAGACCCAGACCUUUCUGGGGAGAAUGUAAGUCAUUUGAACAUCUCUGGUCCUCAGUUUCCCUAUCUCUUGAGUACGGGCUUGGGACUAGUCCAAGAUUCUAGAGGAUCCUAGAAUGCAAAUGGCUUCAUUUUAUUAUCUACCUUCUUCUGAUGCUCAACUCAUCUUUACAGGCACCAAAUAGGUUUAGUUUAGAAACUGAAAAAUUAGGAAAUAGGCAAGCAUGCCAGACAUCAGGAAGUUGUUUGGGAAGCCCCUGUGGAAUAGUCCAGAAAACAUAGCUCCAGUGGUGUUUGUGCUGCCAGCUUCUUAGGAUCCUGAGCAUUAUCUCUGUUCUACGCCAGUUUGACAGUUAUCAUUGCCUGCCCAGGAAAGGGACCCACCCUGCCAGAUACACACAGUUAGAACACUCUGAUCACAACACGAUCACAAAGGCUGUGUCCUGCAGCUCUCCUGACUCUGUACCCCAUUUUAUUCUUGAAACAUGGUCUUAAGUAGACCUAGGCCUUCAGAAACAAGAGUUUUUAAGUGAUUUCACCAAUGUUGGCAAAUGCACCUUCAUUUAUAAAUCUCACCAAAUCAGAGUUCAGGUUUGCACCAAAAACUGCCUGGCCAACUUUCUGGAUGUCUUGAGAUAUCAAGAGAGAGAUAGGAAAUGUAGACAGAAGAGAGAGUCUAAGAUAUCCUUGAGAAGGUUCCAGGGAAGAGAUUAGGGCACAGUUGAGACUUUCUAAGCCCUGGGAUCAGUUUAGAAACAUUCCCCGGGAAUGACUUUUGAUUCCCUCUGCCAACCAAAAUAGAAUAUGAUAUUCUCCAAUUUUUUUCUGUUUAAUAUCAAAGUAGCCUUUACCUGUUUUUUCUGUAAAACACCUCACCUGUUUAUGCAUUACAGGCUCUGAAGCCAGAGUGUCUGAUUUGACCUUUACCUGGUAUCACAUAAAGACAACUGGUUGAUUGUUAAGGUGCA